AUGCUGCAUGAUAUGGAAGAUAUGAUUCAAAACGAAAGUGAAGAUGCCAAUAAUAAUAAUAAGGAGCCAUCGAUCUAUUAUUGCGGGGCAGAUACGUCCAUUGGACAGAUCCAACCGGAUGUCACUCAUGUGAUUGUAAAUUCUUUGGUUAAAGAAAUUGAAAGGUGUGCCUUUGAGAACUGUAGCGAUUUGAAAAGGGUUGAUUUUUUAAAUGAAGGAGUAUCAUCGUUGGCCACAGUGGGACACCGUUCUUUUCAGAAUUGUUCCAGCUUGGUGGAGCUCGAUUUGCCUGACGGAUUGGACACCAUUGCUGGAUGUGCCUUUAUGAACUGUCAUGCAUUGGAGAAAGUACGUGCGCCCAAGACAUUGGGUCGUGUGGGAGAGGCAGCCUUUCAAGGGUGCUCGUCGUUGAAAUCCAUUCAACACUUGGAUGGGCUACGCUUUAUUGGAUUCAAGGCUUUUGCAUACUGCGAGUCAUUGACGGAUAUUCACCUCCCAGAAGGUCUCAAAUACAUGGGCCAGAGUGCCUUCAUAAACUGUCGAUCUCUGCGAAAGGUAUCUAUCCCAAGCACGCUGGAACUUCUUUGGAAUAGGACAUUUAACAUGUGCAUUUCAUUGACGGAAGUGAAGCUACAUGAAGGCCUCAAGACAAUUUUUCGUUCUGCAUUUGAUGGAUGUAUUGAGCUGAAAGCAAUUGACAUUCCUUUCACCGUGGAAACAAUCGAGGAAGAGGCAUUCGCAUCGUGCACUUCGUUACGAUCUGUCACCUUGAGGGAAGGGGUUACGACCAUUGGAAAACGGGCAUUUGCCCACUGUGAAGCUUUGCCGUGUGUUUCUGUUCCAGGCUCCGUGUACAGCAUUGGGAAUGCCGCCUUCCAAGGAUGUCUAGCAUUGGUCGAUGUGGAUCUGAGGGAAGGACUUGUUGGGAUUGGUAUCAGCGCCUUCUCUGGCUGUCAAUCCAUCUGUGGCAUCUCAUUGCCACAGUCGCUCAAUGUUCUAAGAGGCACCGCGUUUAGAGACUGCUCAAGUUUGCUCGGAGUAGAGAUACCCAAAGGCUCCGAUCUAACGAUAUACCGUGACGAGUCUGCCUUUCGCAAAAGUCCUUGCUUCUACGGCUGCACCGAGCUGGUGACAGUGUCCAUUCCCUCGUCCAUGGAGCAGACGGCGGAUUAUGCUUUUUCAAAAUGUCCCAAGUUGCAUCAUGGUGGUGGCGGUGACGAUGAUAUUGAUGAAUAUGAGUACCAACCACACAAAUUGAGAGAUCGAUUUGAUACGUUACCAGUCCACCAAUGCUGCUACCAUGCUUCUGAGACGAGUUUGGACGAGCUGGUGGAGGUGAUCAAUGAUUCCAGUAGUAGUUCGAAUGACGACAAUCUGGUAGAUGCUUACGGUAUGACUCCUCUUCACAUUGUGGCUACAUCCGCAAGACUGCGUGGGGACAUGCUCAGGAUUCUACUAGAUCGAUAUUCUUCGGAAGUAGUUUUCCGACCGGAUGGUUUUCGCAGGACAAUGAUGGACUACUUGAUGAUGCAACGAUCAGUAAAGGCAAUCGCACUCAUCCAAACAACACUCAAGUGUGUAUUGCCUCGUGCAAUGCACGGUUGCAGCCUAGAUACGUGGAGGAACCACUUGUUGGACUAUGUCGACUCCACGCCAUGGGAAGGAGACAACAACAACAACAAUGAAAGGUGGCUGUGUUAUCAGGCUAUCAUGAAGAAUUUUGCACAGUUUAUGAAGAUGGAAACUACGUCGAUUCUGGAGCUGGCGCUAUGGAAGAUGAAGAUUAUUGCAUUGCAUCUCGAGAGUUCCGAUUUUGGUGAGGUAGCUCGUACAAGCUGUCGGUGGAAGUGUGGAUCCGACGUGGUGAUGGGAAAUGUGAUGGAGUAUGCUUGGGAUGAUCAAUCGGAACUUCUCUUGGUGUCGAAGAUGCUACCAUUGUGUUCUCGUUUCGAUGAAAGUGUUGAAUGA